AUGUCCACCCUGAGCGCUUUGCGUGUUAACAUCGACAAACCCACAGCAAAUCCCGUCGAUGUCUACCGCAUCCACCUCACGAAGCUGCUGGCCGGCCUGACGGGCGCAGCGCCCGCCGUCAUCUACCCGGCCCUCCAGUUGACGCAGACGCUGGCCAAGGGUGACCUUUCGCUCGCCGUCCCUGCGCUCCGGCUCAAGGGCCGCAAGCCAGACGACGUCGCGCAGAUGAUCCAGAAUGAGUUCCCCGACUCGCCGCUGCUGGAACGGCCCGUCGCCGACCGCAGCUUCGUCCAGUUCUUCUUCAAGCCCGCCCCGCUCGCCGCCAUCGUGCUGCCUCUGGUCCUCGACGACGCUGCCAACUACGGCCGCGACCUCACCCUCGGCCUGCACGACCCGGCCGAUCACGCAAAGGGCCGCAAGCGCAUCGUCAUCGACUUCGGCUCGCCCAACAUCGCCAAGCCCUUCCACGCCGGCCACCUGCGCAGCACUAUCAUCGGCGGCUUCCUCGCCAACCUGUACGAGCAGGCGAACUGGGACGUGGUGCGCCUUAACUACCUCGGCGACUGGGGCAAGCAGUACGGCGUGCUCGGCGUCGGCUUUGCUGACUUCGGCAGCCGCGACGAGCUGGAACGCGAUCCCAUCGGCCAUCUCUUCCACGUGUACGUCAAGGUCAGCGCCAUUGCCCGCGACCAGCAGGCAGUCAUCAAGGAGAAGGAAGGCCAGAUUGCCGAGCUAAAUGCCAAGGGGGAGCCGGUCGUGGCACUGGAGGCCGAAGUCGAGAAGAUUCGCGAUGCUAGCGUCGACGAGCGCGCACGCCAGUACUUCAAGCGCAUGUGCGACGGCGACGACGAAGCCCUCGGCCUGUGGAAAACGUUCCGCGAUCUCAGCAUCGAGCGCUACAAGGACACGUUCGCCCGGCUCAACAUUCACUACGAUGUCUAUGACGGCGAGUCACAGAUCAAAGACUCGAGCAUGGAGGAGGCUGCCCGCGUCCUGGAGGAAAAGGGCCUGUCUGAGGACUCGCAGGGUGCAAAGAUAGUCGAUCUAACACAGUAUGCAAAGAAACUCGGCAAGGCCAUUAUCAAGAAAAAGGACGGCACAAGCAUCUACCUCACCCGCGAUAUCGGUGCCGUCUUUGAGCGCUACGAGAAAUACCACUAUGACAAAAUGAUCUAUGUCAUUGCCAACCAGCAGGACCUGCACAUGAUGCAACUGAUCAAAAUCAUCGAGUUAAUGGGCAGGGACGACCUCGCCAAGCGUCUGCAGCACAUCAACUUCGGCCUCGUCUCCGGCAUGAGCACGCGCAGGGGCACAGUCAAGUUCUUGGACGACAUCCUCCGCGACACGGCUGAUAAGAUGCAUGAGGUAAUGCGUGCCAACCAGUCCAAGUACGUCCAAGUCGAAGACCCGGAGAGGACCGCAGACAUUCUGGGCAUCUCCGCCGUCCUCGUCCAAGACAUGAGCGGCAAGAGGAUCAACGGCUACACGUUUGAUAUGAACAGGAUGACGUCGUUUGAAGGUGACACGGGCCCUUACCUCCAAUACUCACAUGCCCGCCUCUGCUCCAUCAUCCGCAAGGCCGAAAUCCCCAUGGAUGAGCUCAGCCGGGCCGACCUUUCGCUGCUGACAGAGAAGCAUGCCACCGAUCUUGUGCGGACGCUUGCCCAGUGGCCCGACGUGUUCAGGAAUACCUACAAGACCCAAGAGCCCGUCACAGUUCUCACGUAUCUGUUCAAACUGACGCAUGCUCUCAAUUCCAGUUAUGACCGCCUCAACAUCCUCAAGAGCGAGCCCGACGUGAAGCUUGCGCGCUUGGCCCUUUAUUGCUCCGUGCAGCGUAUCCUCAACAGCGGGAUGAGACUGCUCAGUCUUACUCCCGUGGAAAGGAUGUGAACAAUCAGAAGUUGCCCAGUUUCUGCUUCGAUAUCUCUGGAAGUAGCACGGGAAAAACUGACGUGGGUUCCAAAAGUUUUGACGUCUGUUCGGCAGUGAUACCUUGGGUUUGAUGGCUCGUUCAUGCCUGUCAAUGCCCUGUAGCGGUCAUCCUAUUCCGUCUAAAGGGAAACCCCGCCGUGCUGGGGUAUGCAUGCCUCAAAGGAGGGGGGUUGUGGGAUUGCAGCCAGCUAUAUAGGCAGGUC